GGACGAGAAAAAACCGUUUGUUCCCCGAUUGCACGACUUAAUUUUCGAUCGGUGACCCGCAGCAACAGCAGCAGUGAGUUCUCGAGUGAAACGCUCCCUUGCUUCCGGCCGCAGGAUCUUCGCCGCCAAACAAUGAAACCUAACCUGGAAUCCGACACCGGUGGCUACAUUAACGAGGGUGGCCUGCUUAAGUCUAGAAAUGGCCAGAAAUACAUCAUCAACAACCCGGAGCGAGGAAGGUUCUGCUCAAAUAUCGUCAUCGGUUGCUUGAUUGGAGUCAUCGUGCUACUGUUCUUGUCCACUGUUACGCUGUUGGUGCUAUUGCUGCAUGCAGAUACUAAACAAUGCCGGCUACAAAAUACAAAAGUUCGUGCCCCCUCCGAUACUCGUCUUAAUACGGCGGGAUAUCAGAGUACGAAAGAUAUGAAUCCGGACGAGGAAGAUUAUUUCUCCGAGGAGGAAGCUAACGGCGUCGACCACGGCGUCGUAAAGCAAGAUCGUAUUUCUCGGGCCAACGGAUGGUUUCCCCAGCAUUACAAAUUGAUCAUUGAACCAAACAUCGAACGAUCCACCAACAACGGCACGGUGUGGAUCGAUGUUUCGCUGAACCCGAAUGCGGUGCCGCGAACUCGGAUGGUUCCGCUGAUUGUGCUGGACACUACCGAUAUUCGGAUCGUAUCGUGCAAAGUGUACAACAGUGUUGCCGGGGCAAGUAUGGUCUCCCAGCAAUACUACACCAGCAACAAUGCGUCAUACAUUAUUAACCUGGACGAUGAAAUGUUCGUGAAACGGCCGGAAAAGCUUAACCUCACGCUAGAGCUAACGUUCGAAAGUCGGCUCAGCGAUACGUUGCAGGGUUUCUAUCGUGGCUAUUUCGCGGACCCCGAUGAACGAAACAGUCGGAGCUGGUUCGCCAGCACACAGUUCUCGCCGAUCGACGCCCGGAGGGCAUUUCCGUGUUUCGAUAGCCCCAACAAGAAGGCCACUUUUGCAAUUUCGAUUAUCCACCCGAGCGAUCACUUUAUGACACUGUCCAACAUGGCGAGAAUCAAGCGGACCGACGAUGUGCGGCCUGGGUACGUGCAGGAUGACUUCGAAGUGUCGCCUCGUAUGUCCACCUAUCUAGUCGCAUUCAUUACGUCCAACCUAGAGCUGGCCCAGCAUUCGCAGGGCUUUCGCCCGGUGGUGAACGUGUGGACGCGAUCCGAGGUACGUCACCAGACGAAUUACGCAUAUAGUUUGACGAUGCGGAUCCUACCGUUUCUCGAAGAGUACUUUGGUAUGCCGUACCAUCUAAGAAAGCUCGAUUUGGUGGCGGUACCAGACUUUGGUUUCCGUGCGAUGGAAAAUUGGGGCUUGAUUAUGUUCCGCGAAUCGGCUUUGCUCGUACCGGAGGACAGCAACCGUAGUUCGUCAGCAAAGCAUAAGGAAGCCGUUGCAUCGGUCGUGGCACACGAGCUGGUUCAUCAAUGGUUCGGCAACCUUGUGACUCCUCACUGGUGGAAUGAUCUUUGGCUGAAAGAAGGCUUCGCGACCUACCUCAGUUAUAUGUGCCUGAAUACGCUAGAAAAGCAAUGGCAUAUGUUUGAAUCGUUUGCACAGAAAGAGCUGCAGGAGGCAUUCGAGAAAGACUCUGACCGCAACUCCCAUCAGAUCUCAUUCCCCGUUGACACCGCUUCCGACAUUCGACGUAUAUUCGAUCCAAUUUCGUACAGCAAAGGUGCAGCGAUAGUACGCAUGAUGGACAGCUUUCUCGGUGGUUUCGCAUUCAAGCUCGGGAUCAACGAGUAUCUCCUCACGUACCAGUUUGAUAACGCCGAGCAGGACGAUCUGUGGCAAAUUCUUACGGUGCACGGGCAUCGCGCGGGCACGUUGCCUGCCUCGCUGGACGUAAAACAAAUCAUGGAAACAUGGACGUUACAGCCGGGCUAUCCUGUUAUAACGAUCGAGCGAAAUGGUACGGAAUUGGUCGUGUCCCAACAACGCUACCUUUUGCCCUCGCGUGAACACAGUGACGCGACGCGUUGGUACGUACCGCUCACGUUGGUCAUCGAAUCACAGGAGCACAAGAGUCCGAUCGUGCACUGGAUCCCGUAUGACAACGAGACCAUUUCGUUUACGGUGGAGGCCGAAGCGGACGAAUAUUUGUACGCCAACGUUGACCGUACUGGGUACUAUAGGGUGAACUACGAUUACGCUUCUUGGAAGAAGCUGACCAACAACUUCUUGAAACUGCCACCCCUAACGCGCAUGCAACUCGUCGACGACGCUUUCCAGUUGGCACGGGCUGAGUUUAUCCAGUACGACAUACCGCUCACACUGAUCCUGAUUGUGACGCAGAACCCUCACGAUGUACCGGCGUGGGCAGCGCUCACGCGUUCGCUCGUCUACAUCAACUACAUGUUGGCACGUGAACCAGCGUAUGAAACGUAUCUAGCGGUGAUGCGAUCCACGUUGAGACGCGCUUUCGACGAGUUCGGAUUUGAUGACCGACCAAACGACAGUCACGUGGAAAUGACACACCGCGAGCGAGUGGUAGGUCUCGCUUGCUUGUACAGCAUGGACAAGUGCUCGAUGCAGGCCCAAACGCUCUUCCGCAGCUGGAUGACAGAUUUUCGCGACAACCGCAUUCCGCCUAAUUUGAAGGAAAUUAUCUACUGCACAUCGUUGCGCGAUGGUGGUGUACCGGAAUGGAACUUUGCGUUCGAUCGCUACCAAGAAACGGAUAGUGCUUCCGAAAAGGAACUCAUACUAAAUGCACUGGGCUGCACUUUGAAACCGUGGCUCCUUUCCAAGUAUCUCAACAUGACGAUCAGCCCAACAUCCGGGAUUCUGAAACAGGACGGCGUCCGCGCAUUUCAAGCAGUAGCCACUAACUACGUUGGCACUGAGAUUGCCUUUAACUUCCUCUACGAAAAUAUUGAACACAUCAACGAUUACUACGGUGAUGGAUUUUCUACAUUGGCAAAAAUGAUCGAUUCGGUGGCGCUGCUUAUGAACAAACCGCACCACAAGGAACAGUUUGAUCGGUUCGCACACCGAGCGCGUCGUCUUGGGUUGCCGGCUAUCGAGCAGUCAAUUCGGUUGGCGAAGGAGCAGAUUCUCAACAACAUCUACUGGCGAUCGCGUUCGUACUACCAGUUGCAGCAAUUCCUUGAACAAUUGAUCGAAGAUCUACACAUCAAUAUCUAUUAGCGCGGCCGAAUGAUCCCAAGUAAAAUUUUGAACAUCGCGCUGCGAUAUUGUUUUGAGCCUAACGGUGCUGAAUCGCAGAUUAAUGUUUCUAUGAAGCGAGAGGGCUGCAAAGCUGUGACUGGUGCAGUCGUUCCGGUGCGUCCUUUACUGUAUGUAACGUUGCUUGAGACAAACCUUUAGAUAGUGCGAACUUACUACUUAUCAUGUAUAAAAACUAAAAGUUAGCAAGUAAAUUAAAGUUUAUAAAGCAGCUUGAUAGAAGGGGUCCUGUGAUAGGGUUGCCUUGAAAGAAUUAAAAAAAAACAGGAGAUUUAAGUUAUCGCUACAGACGGAGUCAGUUCGGCUAUUUUACCUCGCAUUUAAAAUACAAGAAAAUUGAGUUCAAUUUGGAGUGCAUAUCAUGGUGUCUUGCCUUAAAAUGCUGCAAAAUGCAUGGUGUUCAGCAGGAAAAUGCCUCAAGAAAACAAGAAUCAUGUGGGUACCUGGUGCUCCAAGCGACUAGUGCUUGCACAAGUAGGACUCUCAAAAUACUAAAGAUUUAAAGCAAUAUUUAAAUAUCGUUCCGAAGCGAAAAUGGCCAAAAACAAAGAACUCUAUGAAAGUAGUGUUUCACAUUUGGUAUAGAUUUCAGAAAGUGAUUCAUAGUUAAAACCAUUAAUUUGGCGAUAAAAGACGGCGAGCGAGCGAGAAACAAACUUCGCUCAUAGGCUGUGUAGUUUUAGGGUAAAAGUUUUGGGUAAGUUUUGCACAUGGUUUUAAAUCACAAACACACAAGUCAAUGCCAAGCAAUUCGAAUUGUAGACAGCGGGUGUAGGACAGCAAGGCCUUACAGUACAGCACUGUUGAUACAAUAAUUCCAAAGAAGGUCGUGCGUUCUGUAUGAUGAAACAAAAUUUGCCUGGCUUGGUGCCUUUAAUUUUUGGUAAAAACUUUAUAAGAUGCUCAGUAUUUAUUGCGACCGUUCUCGCGUAUUUGUAAUGGAUUUGGCCAUAAUAUUGCAUUUAAACUGAUUAGAUUUUAGAGUAAAGGAAUUCUAACAAUACUAAAAACGUAGAAACUGCCGCCUUGAAGGCAUACUGCGACGUGAAAUUACUGUUACAGUAAGCACAAGCAUUCGGUUAUAGUUUUCAAAUUCCUCUACCACGAAUGCAGCGAACAUUUAAAAACGGAACUGUUAAUAAAAUAUUGACUGCCGGGAGUGUGAAAUUAAAUUGUAUACCAAAAGCAGCUGCCUUAUACGCCAAUAAAUAGACGAAAACAAUAUAACGGAUUCCUUUGCGU